AUGAGAACUGAGGAGGAGAUUGAUAAAUUGUAUUUGAAGUCUUUGGGUAGGAUAAUAUUUGAUUUUGUCCAUUUUUACAUUCAGAAGAUCGUCUAAAAUCCCUGAACGACCCCAAUAUUUCCAAAGCCAAACCCAAGGCGUUUCUGUCUGACUUGGCGCAGGCCCGUGAUCAUAAUCUAUUUGGGCUAUUGACGUCGGAUUCUGUAUCGGUAGUAGAAGGCAGAGCUGUCGAAAAGCCGUGGAUCCAACGGAAAAUUGCUCCUCAAACUUGUGAAAUCAACACUCUGGAGAAGAAGAAGUUGCUUAAGAACGAUCAGCUGGAGUUUAAAAGUGUCGAUUUUACAGCAAUCGGUAAGAAUCAUCUAAUACUAGUCAUUAAAAGAAUUGAAGUCGAAAAAUAAAGUUUCGUUGUAUUUAGGAGCAGUUAUUGAAAGAGAAGUUAGUGCAGAGAAGAACCAAGUUGACUCGGAAGAAAUUGUAAAGCCUGAAGAAAUCGCUUCUGUCCGGGAUUUGAAGAUCGAAUAA